UAUAUGCAUAGAUAAGCUUAAAAUAAGUGUUGAAUUAAGUUUUUUACUUGAUGCACUCUGCCAUUGUGUUGCUCAUGUUUAAUUGGGCCUUAGGAUUCAUGUUUACUAGAUGCACUUUGCAUUUGUGGUUUUGGAUGACUUUUGAAGUUUUUAUAAUACUUUUGUUCAUUGCUGGUGACAUUUUCAGGGCGACUUCACCUCCAUCAUUUGCAAUAGAGGUUUUUGUUCAUUGUGAGGGAGAGACGAGGUUUAGAAGACUUUGUCAGCCCUUUCUCUAUUCACAAUCUUCAUCAAAUGUACUAGAAGUAGAGGCUGUUGUUACAAGUCAUAUAGUUGUAAGGGGCAGCUAUCGCAGUCUGAGUAUGGUUAUAUAUGGCAACACAGCAGAGGAUCUGGGUCAGUUUAACAUUGAUAUUGAUGACAAUGCAUUGACUGAUCUUGUUGAUUCUACUGAGGGGAAGCUUGAAGACCUGCCACCUGCAUUACACUCUACUAAUUUUACAAUUCGUGAAUCACGUUCUUCUCUGAACGUGUUGUCUAUUCCUGUUCCUGCAACAAAUAUUUCUCUUGAAGUCAAUAUUUUUCUACAGUUGAUGCUAAAAAUUUUGAAGUUUUCAGAUCUUGGGGAUGCUGGUCAUAAAAUUGUAAAUACUGUAGUGUCUGCAAUCUCUUCUUACAUUUCCAGUGACAUAUGUGAAUCAAUCAGUGGGAGAUAUCAGAUGUGGAAGAGAUCUGAGAAUUUGGAAGAGUUGCACAGUGCAAUUAAUGAGGCAAGAAAAGAGCUUCUUGAGGUUUAUAAGGUUCUUCAUGAGAAAUCUAGGAGUGAAUCUGCCGAUUGUUCAUCAGAGGGCAAUUAUCUUGAAAUGGAUGUUGAAAUGUUGGAUUCCAAAACGUUAGUGGAUAUGUUUAACCAGUACUUUCACUUCCAAACACACUCUUCAUGUAUAGGGGAUCACUUCCUUUCUCAGAGGGAGCAUGCCUUUUUAGGAUUGAGCAUGUUUUAUUUGCUAUGUUCUGCUAGAGAGAGUUGUUUUCAGUUUGUUAGUAGUGGGGGAAUGGAGCACCUGAGGGUGUUCUUUUCCAAGGAUGGGCAAAAUUCUACUACUGUUAUGCUACUGCUUCUUGGUGUUAUAGAGCGGGCUACUAGGUAUUCAGUGGGAUGUGAAGCCUUUUUAGGUUGGUGGCCUCGGGAAGAUGAAAGUAUUCCCUCUGGUAUCAGUGAAGGUUACAGCCAUUUGGUGAAAUUGAUAUUGUCAAAACCUCGGCAUGAUGUUGCUUCUCUUGCAACCUAUUUGCUUCAUCGCUUACGGUUUUAUGAAAUUGUUUCUAGAUAUGAGUCAGCAGUUCUUUCUGUGCUGGAAAAUGUCAGUACUGUUGGCAGGAUUACAGAUGCCACACUGAAUAUGCUCAGCUCAGCUGAAAUUUUGCUCAGAAAGCUCCUGAAAUUGAUAAAUUCGCGUGGUCCAACUGAAGAUCCUUCUCCCAUAGCUUGUGCAAGCAGAUCACUGAUUACUGGUCAAACAGAUGGAUUGUUGUCAUAUAAAACAACUUCCAGCUUGAUAAGCUCUUCAAGUUGUUGCUUUUCAGAUUCAGAUAUUGAUUCACAUUUAUUGGGGCUUUUGAAGGAGAGGGGUUUUCUUUCAUUAUCAACUGCAUUGUUGUCAUCAUCUGUAUUGCGUUCGGAGAGUGGCCAUGUCUUGGAACUCUUCAUGGAUGUCACAUCAUCAGUUGAGGCUGUGAUCCUGUCUUUCCUUUUUAGUCGUGCAGGCUUGAUAUUCCUUUUGCAGGAUGCUGAACUUUCGAGUACACUAAUACUUGCUCUUAGGGGUGGUCACCGAGGCAAUAAGGAAAAUUGUAUUCCUCUUCAAUAUGCUUCCAUUUUGAUUUCAAAGGGUUUCUUUUGUAGUCCACUGGAGAUAGGAAUGAUAAUUGAGAUGCAUUUAAAAAUGGCCAAUGUCACUGACAGUCUGCUUUCAUCGAAUCCACAGUCAGAAGAGUUCCUAUGGAUUGUCUGGGAACUCUCUAUACUUUCACGAUCUGAUUGUGGGCGUCAGACAUUAUUUCCUGAGAUGACAAUUGAUGAGGUGAAGCGCACUGCACAACAACAAAUGAACAGAACAUUAAAGGAUCAUGCCGGGUUAUAUUCUCUGUCUUGCUCUAUUAUAUAUGUGAGCCACAAGAUCAAAUCAAGGUAGCAAAAUUUGACUUUGAGAGGGUGGCCACUCACUAUAUUUGAUGACACAUUUCUAAUGGAGCAACAUGUCAUAAAGGAUGUUUGGGAGCAGUGGACUGCAUUUUUUUUAACCAUUU